ACAGAAUGUUUAAAAUGCAACAGCACGAGAGAGGGGCAGGUUACUCUUGGAAGAGGCAAGAACGCGUUCGCACUUCAAAGGGACCAAGAAGCCAUUGACGUGCUCCCCCCUGCCCACAAAUACAGAAAUAUAGAUUCACUUUUCAACCCCAAAUCGAUCAUCCCAAACUCAGUCACACAGUCUCUCUAAAGGAAAAACCUGAAAAGAAUAGUCUAAGUAUGUCUGGAGAAGAGGAAGAGAAUGCGGCCGAGCUCAAAAUCGGAGAUGAUUUUUUGAAGGCCAAGUGCUUAAUGAAUUGUGAGGUUGCUUUAAUUCUUGAGCAUAAGUAUGAGCAGCUUCAACAGAUGUCUGAUGAUCCUAUGAAUCAAGUAUCCCAAGUAUUUGAGAAAUCACUGCAGUAUGUGAAGCGCUUUAGCCGCUACAAAAAUCCCGAUGCUGUGAGACAAGUUCGAGAAAUUCUUAGCCGAUACCAGUUGGCUGAAUUCGAGCUUUGUGUUCUUGGCAACCUUUGUCCUGAAACAGUGGAGGAAGCUAUUGCCAUGGUACCUUCUAUCAAGACCAAAGGCCGAGCUCAUGAUGAUGAAGCAAUCGAAAAAAUGCUGAAUGACCUGUCCUUGAUCAAGAAAUUUGAAUAGUGGCCAGUAUAUCCUCAUCCAUUUCAAAUUUGGAUGUCUGUCAUCUGAAUGUUCAAGAUUUUUAAUUAUUAUUAGAAAGAGGAUAAUUUAAGCUAUUGAUGGCUAUCAAUAUUGUUCAAAAUAUUAUCGGCAUCAAAUCCUUAUGGCUGCGUGGUGUUGCUCAGGAUGUGAUACUGCUCUAACAUGACAGUACUUGUAUUAGAUAUCAACUUCAUGAUGCUCAAAUAUUAUAGUUUUGUUUUGAUUC